ACAUAUUGGUAUAUGAAAUGUGAAGGAUAAGAAGCCUAAACUGGGCCUAUGACUACGGGGCCUCCUACGUCCGGGCCACCACGACGAGCAGCCGUCCGAUGGGGGCGUUGAUGUGAUACGUGAGGUCGAUUCAACGGCCAGCAUUCCGCCAUCAUCGGCUCGGUUCGUGGGGCGGACGGCUCACUUUCGAGACCCCGGAUUCGGGGUGGGGUAACGUGUCCUCUUCCUCCAUGCACACCAUGCAGUUUUCACCUACGCUUCAUUCUUCAAUCAUUUUCAGAUCGAUUAGUGUGCAUUGAAGUUGUCAAAGUCCAUAAUCACGGCAAAAGUUCAUCCUCUUGCUGAUCCACCAAGCCAUGCAUCGUUAGAUGCUUACUUAGAAAUGCCAUUUAGUAGCCUUCAACUCAGAAUUUGCGGCUGAGAUACUGCGAAUCAACUGAGGUAAUACAUCGAUCCAAACUAUAAAUACUCACAGACUUCGCAUCUCGAACCACAACCAACCCUUCUCUUCUUCCUCCUCCAGCUCCAAGCAUUUGCUUAGUAGCCAUGGCCUUCUCACUUCCUCAUCACUCUUCUCUUCUUGUCUUCGUCGCACUGCUAGCCUUCCUUUCCCUCCUUGGCCCAUGCGCCUGCCGCAAACUCCUCAACUCGUCUGCCGUAGCCGGGGCCACCUGGUCGUCAGCCGGAGCCACCUGGUAUGGAACAGCCAACGGCGCCGGAAGUGACGGUGGCGCAUGUGGAUAUGGUGGUGCAGUCGCUACGGCUCCGUUCUCGUCCAUGAUAGCAGCAGGAAGUCCUUCGAUCUACAAGUCCGGCAAGGGUUGCGGUGCUUGCUAUCAGGUUCUGUGCACGACGAACGACGCGUGCUCCGGAGACCCGGUGACCGUCGUCAUCACGGACGAGUGCCCCGGCGGGCCGUGUCUUGCCGAGCCCGUCCACUUCGACCUCAGCGGGACCGCCUUCGGGGCUAUGGCGAAGCCUAGCCAAGGCGACCAGCUUCGCAACGCAGGCGUCCUUCAAGUACAGUACUCCAGAGUGCAGUGCAGCUACCCCGGCUUCGACGUCACCUUCAAGGUGGAUGCGGGAUCCAACCCAAACUACCUCGCCGUGCUCAUCGUGUACGAAGGAGGGGACGGGGAUCUGGCGGCCGUCGACAUGCAGCAGGGGGCGUCGGGCUCGUGGAUCUCCAUGCAGCAAUCGUGGGGCGCGGUUUGGAAGCUGAACUUGGGGUCGGCGCUGCAGCCGCCUUUCUCGUUCCGGCUGACCUCGGGCCUCUCGGGGAAGACCCUCAUCGCCACGAACGUCAUCCCCGCCGGGUGGCAGGCAGGGAGCACCUACACCUCCACCGUCAACUACAACACCUAAUACAUCUAAAACAAUGCACUAAGUUACUGCUCAUAUAUAUAUAUAUAUAUAUAUAUAUCUAUAUGAUGAUGCUGAAUGCUUCGUGUAUGUGUGUGCGGCUGUUACAAGUAUA